AUCUUACAAACAACACAAAUGCAACUCGGAAAAGGAGAGAUCGAUGCUCUUUUCGGCACCGCUUGAGCUCUUUUCUGCAGAUCCUUAAAUAGUUCCGAUCGUCUUGGAAAGAGUUGCCGUUCGAAUUGGUAACUGGCACUGGAGAAGCGCACGAGUAAAUAUCCACCAAAGUGAGGCAUUGAUUAUCCUGUUGAAAUCAGCUCUUAAUGUAUGUAGCUGCCCAAGUAUGAGUUUGGAAAGCACAACCUCUUACUAUAAUGGCAGAGCAGCUAACUGAUAAAACAAAAAUUAUCCACAAAGCUACAGCAGGAGGAGAUUCAUUGUCCUUCGUAAACUCACUGAAAGUCCACAGAGAAUUGCUAGUCAAUCGAAUCCGCAAUACCCAGUGUUUGAUUGACAACUUGAUUAAGAAUGACUAUUUCUCCAUAGAAGAUGCAGAGAUUGCUGCACAGUUUUCUACACAAGCAGACAAGGUCCGUAAAAUUCUGGAUCUAGCCCAAAGUAAAGGUGAGGAAGUUGCAGAGUACUGCCUGUAUGUCCUGCAACAAGCUGGUGAUGCUUACUAUGACUUACAUCCUUGGUUGGAGGAGAUUGGCUUCCACCCAUCAGAAGUCAUUUGUAGCAAACCUGUGGAAAAUACUGACCCAGUCAGCAGAUACCAGCAGAAACUUAAAGAUGAAUUGUGCCGAGAAACAAAGUUCGUCAUGUCAUAUGCCCAAAAGGAAGACAUGUUGCUUGAAGAAAUAUAUUCUGCUAAUAUUAUGGAGUUUUUGAAUCAUAAAAAUGAGAAACUCAGUAAUGUGGAUGCUUUAGAAGAUCUACUUAUUGACAAUUUUGGGCUGAUCAAUGAAAAUGGAGAGACCAUCUAUAUCUUUGGGGAUGCUGGAAUUGGAAAGUCCUUGUUACUGCAAAAGAUGCAAAAUCUCUGGUCCAAGAAUGCCUUUGAUGUAGGGGCCAAAUUCUUCUUUCGUUUCCGAUGCCGAAUGUUCAGCUGCUUCAAGCAAGAAGAAGUGUUUUGUUUAAAGGAUCUUCUCUUCAAGUAUAAUUGUUUCCCAGAUCAGGAUCAAGAGGAGGUUUUCAACUUCAUUGUAAAAUUUCCUCAUACUGUCUUGUUUACAUUUGAUGGAUUUGAUGAAAUUCAUUCUGAUUUUGAUCUCAGUAGUAUUCCUGAAAUCUGCUCUCCCACUGAAUCUAUUCAUCCACUUGCUCUUCUGGUGGGCCUCCUCAGUGGAAAACUUUUGAAGGGAUCUAGAAAAAUUCUGACAGCCAGGACAGGGACAGAAAUUGAUAAAAAUAUUGUCCGGAAGAAAGUACAUCUUCGAGGAUUUUCCAGUAGUAACCUGAAAGAUUAUACUAAAGUGUUCUUCAAAGAUGAAGGAUGUCAGACUUUGGUUUUGAACCAACUGGAAGCCAACCCAAAUCUAAGCAGUUUGUGUUUGGUGCCAUUAUUUUGCUGGAUUAUGUUCAAAUGCUUUGAACAUUUCCACUCUGCAUUUGAUAGCCAUGAGCUCCCAGACUUCACUGUAACGCUAACGGACAUAUUCUUACUCAUGACUGAAGUCCACCUUAAUCGCAUUCAAAAGACAAAUUUGCUAAAGAAGAACAACAGAAGCCAAGAAGAAACAUACAGGUCCAAUAAAGAGAAAUUGUUUGCACUGAGUAAAAUAGCCUACAUAGGAAUGCAGAAAUCUCUCUUUGUCUUUGAGCAAGAGGAAGUCCUUAGUGACCUCCUUGAGCAGGAUUUACAUUUAGGAUUUCUCAGGACAGUUCCUAAUUAUGAAGGUACUGCAGACCAAUCUUGCUAUGAAUUCCUGCACUUGACCCUGCAGUCAUUUUUCGCAGCUUUUUAUCUGGUAACAAAUGAGAAAGUGGGGGCCAGGGAUUUGCUGCAGUUCUUUGCUGAAUGCUCCAUGCAAGACAGUACUCUGUCUUCCUGCUUGCCUCUUUCCUGGUUAAAAAAUUACCACCCAACAGGAGGAGAUCCUUUCCGAAAUAAAGAGCACUUUCAUUUUACUAAUCUCUUCUUGUGUGGGUUGCUUUCCAAGGCAAGGCAGAAACUCUUGAGGCAUCUGAUUCCUCUCAGUACAGUCAAGAAGAAAAGGAGGAUUCUUCUUGCCUAUUUUUUUGAAAGCAUGAAGUCUCACCUGAAGGGUCUCUCUCGGGCAAGGCUGAAAGAAUACAGACAGGUUCAAGUAAUGCCAAACUUUGUUUGGAUGCUGAGAUGCAUCUAUGAGACACAGAGUGAGAAAGUUGGUAAAGGGGUUGCCAAAUGCAUGCGUGCCAACUACAUCAAACUGACUUACUGCAAUGCCUACUCCGCUGAUUGCAGUGCCAUCUCCUUUGUUAUGCAUCAUUUCCAGAAACACUUGGCCCUUGAUCUGGACAAUAACAACAUCAAUGAUUAUGGGAUCAAGCAGCUGCAACCUUGCUUUAGCCAUCUGGCAGUACUCAGGGUGAGCGUGAACCAGAUCACAGAUCAAGGUGUGAGAGUGCUUUACGAGGAGCUAUCCAAAUUCAAAAUUGUGUCUUAUUUGGGCUUAUACAACAACCAGAUUACUGAUAUUGGAGCAAAAUAUGUGGCAAGACUCAUUGAGGAAUGUCCAAGCCUCGUCUAUGUUAAGAUAGGAGCAAACAAGAUAACAAGCGAGGGAGGGAAAAGUCUUGCUUAUGCCAUCAAGAAAAGUAAAACUAUGUAUGAAAUUGGAAUGUGGGGUAACAAGAUUGGGGAUGAAGGAGCAAAGGCUUUUGCAGAGGCACUGAAAAAUCACCCCACCUUAACCAAUAUCAGCCUUGCCUUUAACAGCAUCACUACAGAAGGAGGUAAAAGUCUCGCAGAAGCGAUGAAACACAACAAUGGUGUAAAUAUAUUUUGGCUAACAAAAAAUGAGUUGGAUGAUGAAGCAGCUGAGAGUUUUGCUGAAAUGGUAAAGGUUAACAAGAAAUUGGGCCAUCUGUGGCUUAUCCAGAACCAUAUUACAAUUCGAGGAGCUAGGAGCUUAGCUGAUGCUCUUCAGGACAAUACAGCUCUCAAAGAAAUCUG